AUGUCAGAUCAGGAUAUCCAACAGUUUAUGGCAUUGACCAAUGCUUCUGUGAAUGUUGCUCAGCAAUAUUUGGAGGAGUUUGGCACGUUGGGAGAUGCAUUGGAUUCCUUCUACGCGGCAAAGGGCGAUGAAGAGGAAUCUAGACAAGAACAUGAGCGGGAACGUUUGAGCUCGCGACCUACAAGUGCUGCCGGGAUGAGCUCAGGGCAUCAAACAGCAAGGUCUUCGGCAAGAAAUUCGCCUCAUCCCGUCUCUGGGACAUCCAAGAGUGCAGAAAAGCCAAAGUUCAGAAGUUUCUCUGAACUUGUCAAAGGGAACUCAGAUGAUGAGGAUGAGCAGAGAAAUACAUUCGCAGGUGGAGAAACUUCAGGCCUGGAAGUUUCUGAUCCUAACGACUCGAAUUCACUAAUUAGAGACCUUUUAGAAAAGGCUAAGAGGGGUGGACAACAGCCCCCCACCAACGAUAAUGACGAAGAGCAUGCUAGGAAAAAUUUCUUCACCGGUAAAGGAUAUAGACUGGGCUCUUCGGUGGAUGCAGCCCCUCAAGUUGUUGAGGACAUUCCCGAAGAACCCCUACCAUCUAGGCCAAGAAAAGUCACUAGAGACAUUACUUUUUGGAAGGAAGGCUUCCAAGUUGGGGAUGGUGAGUUAUAUCGCUACGACGAUCCUGCAAAUAGUUAUUACUUGAAUGAGUUGAAUCAGGGCCGUGCUCCUUUAAGACUUCUUGAUGUUGAGUUCGGCCAGGAAGUUGACGUGAACGUUUACAAGAAACUUGACGAAAGCUAUCGCCCUCCAAAGAGAAAAGCAGGAGGUUUCACUGGAACGGGCCAAAGAUUAGGAUCUCCCGUCCCCGGUGAAUCAUUGUCACCAGAGGCCGUUGUAGAGAAGAGCCCUGAAGUCGAACAACCUCAACAGGCAGAGCCAACUGGAGAUACAAGCGUACAAAUCAGGUACACAAAUGGGAAACGUGAAAUUUUGCGUUGCAAUUCUACAGAUACAAUUAGAUAUUUGUACGAUCACGUUAAAGAUAACUCUGAAGGUUCAAGGCCAUUUACGCUUAACCACGCUUUCCCCGUGAAACCUAUUGAGAACUUCGACGCGACAGUAAAAGAUGAGGGUCUAUGCAACGCAGUAGUUGUGCAAAGAUGGGUUUGA